CUGAUGGGCUACUCGCAGUCCAGGCUGUCCAGCUUCCCGAGAUCAACCACACAGAAUGCAUACUAGCAUGCCUUCCUUGAGUUAUUCAUAUCGCUGGGCUUUCAUGGCUAUCCGAUACCUUCUCCUGACUUGGGGUUGGCUUAAGUAUACGAUUCAUGAUUGGAACUUCAUCCUAGCCACUGCAGCCAGGGUCCUCAGGCUCAUGUUUGCCUGCAUGUUCAUGCGGAACCACCUGCUGUUGCAAAAAGGACAGGUUUGGCGCCAAGCUCCACCGCUGCGGUUCUCGCCUUCUUCCGGUUACGUGGCAGAAUCGGUGAGCGUCAUCGUUUGAGUGUUAAUAGAAUUUCCCCAGCCCGGAACCGCACAUUGGGCUCUCACACACACGACUGUUGCACGAACCAGAGCACUGGUGCAGUCUAUCGUUGUGUCAUGGCCUGAAUCGUUGAAGACUACUCCGGCCACAUUCAGCAGCUCGGCAAGUCUACACGAGUCGCCGGAUCUACAUAGCUCCCAGAAGUUCAUAUUGGCCACACUCUUUCGAGUGGGUGUUCAGAACACGCGGUUGUCUCGGUGAAUACUCAUGGAGGUAACGAAGUGUCGAUCAGCCGUCGAAGAUAGUUGUUCUUGUCAUGGUAUCCAGAAAAGUCACAUUCCCUGCAUAUCUCUAG